AUGUCUGAACCCCAGCAAGAGACCAAGCCCGAUAUCAAGCCCGAAACGCACAUCAAUUUGAAGGUGUCCGAUGGGUCGUCGGAGAUUUUCUUCAAGAUCAAGAGAACCACACCCUUGAGACGUCUGAUGGAAGCAUUUGCGAAAAGACAAGGCAAAGAAAUGGACUCGCUGCGGUUCUUGUACGACGGUGUGAGGAUCCAGGCCGACCAAACGCCCGAGGAACUUGACAUGGAGGACAACGACAUCAUCGAAGCACACAGAGAGCAGAUUGGCGGUGCCCGUUAG